CGCGUGCGCUGCUUAGCGCGAGCCUGGCAGCGACUGAGGCGGCGGUAGCGGCGGCGGCGCGCGGGCGCUCGCCAUGGAGUCCUACGACGUGAUCGCGAACCAGCCGGUGGUAAUUGAUAACGGUUCUGGCAUGAUUAAAGCUGGCUUUGCAGGUGAUCAAAUACCCAAGUACUGUUUCCCAAACUAUGUGGGCAGACCAAAGCAUGUUCGUGUUAUGGCUGGAGCUUUGGAAGGUGACAUUUUCAUAGGCCCAAAAGCAGAGGAGCACAGAGGCCUUCUUUCCAUACGCUACCCCAUGGAACAUGGCAUUGUGAAGGACUGGAAUGACAUGGAACGCAUUUGGCAGUAUGUGUAUUCCAAAGACCAACUCCAGACCUUCUCAGAAGAGCAUCCUGUUCUCCUAACAGAGGCUCCACUAAACCCACGUAAGAACCGUGAACGAGCAGCUGAAGUUUUCUUUGAGACCUUUAAUGUGCCAGCCUUGUUCAUCUCCAUGCAAGCUGUGCUUAGCCUUUAUGCGACUGGGCGAACCACAGGAGUGGUGUUGGACUCUGGAGAUGGGGUCACACAUGCUGUACCUAUUUAUGAAGGGUUUGCCAUGCCCCACUCUAUUAUGCGGAUCGACAUAGCUGGCCGUGAUGUCUCCCGUUUCCUUCGUCUGUAUCUCCGGAAGGAAGGCUAUGACUUCCAUACAACUUCUGAAUUUGAGAUCGUCAAAACUAUAAAAGAGCGGGCUUGUUACCUGUCAAUAAACCCACAGAAGGAUGAGACAUUAGAAACUGAAAAAGCUCAGUAUUACCUUCCAGAUGGAAGCACCAUUGAGAUUGGCCCAGCUCGAUUUCGGGCCCCGGAGUUGCUAUUCCGUCCAGAUCUGAUUGGGGAAGAGUGUGAGGGACUGCACGAAGUGUUGGUUUUUGCAAUUCAAAAAUCUGACAUGGACUUGAGGCGAACACUUUUCUCCAACAUUGUCCUGUCUGGAGGCUCAACACUCUUCAAAGGUUUUGGUGAUAGGCUUCUUAGUGAAGUGAAGAAACUGGCCCCCAAGGACGUCAAAAUCAGGAUAUCUGCUCCUCAGGAGAGACUGUAUUCUACAUGGAUUGGAGGCUCCAUCCUGGCUUCACUGGAUACAUUUAAGAAAAUGUGGGUUUCCAAGAAAGAAUAUGAGGAAGAUAGUUCCCGGGCAAUCCAUCGAAAAACCUUCUAGUCUGGGAGCAUUCUGCGAUCUCCUUGGAGAUUCUUUCUUUUCCUCAACUCGCUUUUUUGAGUGUCUGAGGAGCUCCCCCUGUGUGUGUAUGUGUAUCGGUAGGUGGGUGCCAGCGUGCGCUAGACUUUCCCAGAGCAAAUGGGAAGGCUAGGAUUUUGACUUGACUAUUGAUUGGUCUUGUGAGAGGCAGAUGAACAAUGGGAAUGAACCUGUUGGAGAGAUUGGUUCCUUUUUCACUUGAUCUCUGGAUUUUUGAGACUACAUUUGUGUCAUUGAGGACAGAUAGUAUGGCUUAGAAACCAAACAGGUUAGUGGAAUGGAAAUGAAUGUGUGGUAAACCAGCCCAUGUUCGGGCAGCAAACACAAGGUCUGAGUCAGAACACGGACCAGGUUGAAGUUGUGAAGGUCAUCACAGAAAUUUGGAGCAUAGAAAUUGAUGAUUAGCUAGUUUCUUCUCAGUUGCUCAGCAGUUGUUUUUUAGAUGGCCAAUUCAUAUUCACUCUCCCUUUCUAUUUUUUAAAAAAACGCAACACACAAAAGAAAAUAAGCACAUUCUAAGCUGUUAUAAGCCCAGUACGUCUGUGUGUAUGUGUAUGUAUAAAAAUCCUUAGGCUGGUGUGUGAGAAUCUGAACCAUGACAAGACAGUUGGAGCAGUUAAUUUUAGGAACUAGUUUGUAAUGCAUGGUGUAGAACAAUAACAUCUUCCUUUAUUCUAUUCUAGACCGUCCUCAUCUUGCAACCUUGUAGUGAGGCAGUCACCUGUCGUACAGUCAAGUACCCAGGGCAUAUUAAGACCCAUUCUCUUCUUCAUCUGCCCACCACUGUUUCCUUCCCCAUUAUUCUAAAGGUUUACAAUGUUGACUUUCUCUGAAAGCUAAAGGCUUUAUGCCCACAUCAUAACCACUACUGUAGGGGCCGGUUAUCCAUGCUUGCUGGGAAGCUGCAUAACUGUUUUUAGUAUUAACUUUAUUUAUUGAAAAGUUUUGAUGGUAUCUGAACUACUAAUUGGGACCUAGGGUUUGUUCCCCUGCCUUUCUGUUCCGCUAUACUAUGUUUUCCAUUGCUUAUCAUUAGCAUUGACAUUUUAACAGUGUACUUACUUUGUACAGUUGGGUUAGCCCUGUAACCAUCCCCACUCCUUGAAGUGGUUGUUUUCAUGAAUGCACCGCAUGAGGGAACAAUAAACUCCAUUAGAAUAUGUUGAGAAUUGAGUAGUAAGCUCCAGAGAGAAGCUGUAAUUCUGACAUUGUGUUAAUCCCUUUCAGCUGCUUCUGUACUGUUACAGAAAGGAAAAAUAGUUUACUUUGAAAUGUGUUUGUGUUUCUUGAUUUUUUUUAUUAUUUUUUUUAUUUUUUGAUUUUUUGAUUUAUUUUUUUUACAAAAAAUACAUUUUGGUGCUUCUUAUUUUUCAAUUUUUAAAACAUUUAUUUGUUAAUGCUGCUGCUGAAGACCAAAUAUUUUACAUCCUUGGCCACUUAAGUAUUAGAAGACAAGGCAGCAGGAAAUGAGCCUUAUGUCUGCCAGUAGCCAAAUGAUGGAAGAGAAACUGCAAUAGGAAGUGAGAGCUGAGGGACUCGAGUUGCCCAAGAUGAUGGAGGCAAAAUCUUGUCUUGUUCACUGCUGGUGAUGUAUUUUGAAUGUGGUCCAAUUGUGUUUUGGAUACAAGCCUUUUUGUUUGGCUCUUAGGUCAACAUUCUCAGAAAACAUUUUUAGGACUAGAGUAUGCAAGUUGCUUCUGUUACAGGUUUCAAGCAGCAGGAACUGUGCCUCACCAAAAGUGGGAAAAUUAUGUCUCAUGCUCACUUCCCUGCAGAAUGGAGAAUGGUUAGGUAGUUAAAAUUCAGUGUAAUCUUAUGCAUUAUGCAAUAUGCCUAUAGUAUUAAAAAGAGCAACAAAGAAACAGUAUUAAUUCAUGCAAAUGAACAUGUGAGACAUCAGCUCCACCUGUGUAAGCUUUCCUGUGUCACUUCCGAAUGUAAUAGCAGAUGUACUUCUGGUGAAUUUUGUAGGGUUAAAAAACCUGACAUAGGCGCGUUACAGACCGCCAAAAGGGUGGUCUGCCACUGCCCUUGUUUGCUGCAUGAAGGAGCUGUAGCGGACAAACCGCUCAGCUCCUCCACGCAGCAAAAAGAACCCGCAAAAAGCAGGUUCUUCUUGCGGCGCAGUUAUGAUGCCGCAAGGCGCCAAUGGCGUCACAACUGCACUGCGACAUGCAGACACUAGGCGUCCGUCACGUCAAAAUGGCGGCGCCCAUCUGUAUAGAGUGCCGCCAUUUUGAUGCCCUCGUCACGUGCGAGGGGUGAGGGCCGUCUCAAAGUGCAGCCCCUCGCACAUGACAACGGCGCUUGUAUGGGCCCGUCUCUAAUGCGCCAUAGCUUGGCAAAAAAGUUCAAUACUCUUGGCUAUCUUGUUGUUUUGGGGGUAUAAGAGGGUAUUGGAAGAGCUUGCUACUUCCAUGGGGAUUUCCUUCCCUUGCCUUCAGACAGAGUAGUAAUGUUCUUUUGAUUAACAUUGAUUAGAAUCUAAACAUUUCAUUUUCUUCAGUUAUAAAGAAUAUUAUCCGUGGGUGCAUUGCAAUAUUUCCUUAAACAGGAGUUUCAAGAGUUUUGCUUGUCUCAGAUGUCCAGGCAGGAAAUGCUAGGGCAUUAUUCACACUAAAUUGUUGUCUUAGGACUUGACCACUAAAAGAUAUCAUAGAGCAAAGUCUGCUUCCUAAGUUACAUAAUUCAUUUUCUGCUACAGAAAAUGGGUUAUGGAAGCACUGUUAGUGAAUAAAAGGCUAUUUUGUAGUAACAUUGUGUAAGACACUGCUACAAGAUAGGAAUAAAAAAAAACCUGUUUUCUCUUUCCCAACUCACUGUAAUAACCUAUUUUCAAUAUUUGCUAUCAUGGGUUUGCUUGACUCAGGCCUGUUACAGACAGGCCAAAAUAAAGCUGCUUCGAGUCACUUUGGAGGUAUGGUAUUUCAAUGAUGCAUG